GUGAGGCAGCUCCUGUCCCUUAUGUCUCUUUGUGGGGAACAGAACAGACUUCCCAGAGCAUCAUUGAGGACAAGACAGAACUCCAGGGACAACACCCCUGGUGCAGACCUCCAAGCAACGCUGGCCUGAGGUGCACUGGACGCCUGCAUGGGCACGAAGAGAGGAGACGCACAUGCAACUAUGCUGGAGUAAAACAUCCAGAGGUCCAAAACAGGAGGCGGAACUUGACAGCUGGUCAAACCAAGAAGGCAGUUUUUGAGUUGAUCAGCAGAUCAAAAUCAACAACACUGGACUGGAUCGCUAAGAAAAAGGUGGAGUCUUUAUUUUAAGUUUUUAGUUUAUCUUUAGAAAAGUUUUGCACGGAAAAGGAAUCAACAAAGCACUUCAUAUCUUUUGCAGCUAUUAAGGAUAAAAGCACCAUAUGAAAUGCAUACACCAGAAGAAAAGUGGAUCAUUUAGCUUUGUAUUUUUCUUUUUUUAAUGUGUCACCAGAACACUUUUUAAAUAGUCUUUCAUGGGAUGAAAUUGAGAUGCUCUUUAAAGAACAUCUUUAAAGGUCCCGACAGUGCUUUUAAUUCACCAGCAGGCGUUUAUCUUAUUUCUCCAGCUCUUUCUGAGAGCGAGCAUUAAAGACUUGGUUGAUAGUGCUCUUGGGGAGCGGGUAAUAUUUCUUAUGUGAAGUCUUGAAACUUUACAGCUGUUGACUGGAGGGAGAGAGAAGUGGCACAUGCAUAUGAAAAUGAUGCUAAACUGUGUUCUAUGUGGGAAACGUGUGUGCCAGGACUAACGUUACAGUGGAGCGCCGAGGACCGCAGACAUGUUCACAGGGUGCGGAGUGGUUACUGGCCAGAACCAGUAUCUGACCAGAGACGCCGUCAGGCCCCGCCCAGGACUGGAGGUCACCAAACCAAUCCAAAUGGUAAACGGGGCGAUCCCGGGAACGUGCCCCGUCUACCAGGGUCAAGUGUACAGCAACGCUGUUCAGCCGGCAGUGGUCAACACCGUAUGCAGCCCAUUGAAACCAGCAGUACCAGCAGCGCUGCCGGUCCCUCCUCCUGCACUCAAGCUCGGGCAGGAGGGCUUCAAGAAAGUGUGCCGAACUGAGGAGGACAGCCCCUGUCCCUUUCCAGGACUAGCUUCUGGGGUGCUGGAGAUGCGAGUGAAAGAGGGAAGUAAAAUCCGCAACUUAAUGGGAUUUGCCAUGGCACGGAUGCAGGGAGAGAAGGAUGCGAGUGGGGGAGGUGGAGUGAGCAGUGGCGGGCUCAGGCAGGUGGUCUUCACCGGGUCAGGCCGUGCGGUCACAAAGACUAUCACCUGUGCUGAGAUUAUGAAACGCAAAGUGGGAUGUUUGCACCAGCUGACCAAACUGCGGUACAAGGUAGUGAAGGAGGUGUGGGAGAGCGCCGAAGGGGGGGCUUCUGAGAUGACCGUGCACAGGACUGUUCCCUCCAUCAGCAUCCUUCUUUCCAAAGACCCUCUGGAUCCCCAGGAACCAGGCUAUCAGCCGCCACAGACUCUCAGUGCAUUGUGGGAGGAGAGGGAGGGUGUCGAACCCGCCUCACAGACAGCAUGUAAGAGACCUUUUGGACCGUCGCCAUACAGCAGUUUUCCUGACUGUAAGAGAGUGUGUUUGGGGGAAGGAGUCUCAGUCCUGCCCCCUCACUGACUGGCUGAACCGGUGUCACAGUGGAGAGGAUUGAAUCAGAGGAGUUCAUUUGGCGCUGCACUCCACUCAAGCACAAUGCUGAGACAAUCAGGACAUUCACUCAGACAGAACAGUGCUUUCUCACAAGAACUGACUACCAAUUCCAGCCUCCAGAGGUCAGUUUGACUAGGACCUGAAAGCUUGCCUCUGUACAUUCGAUGCUUAUGGGACGUAUUUCUCCGUACUUCUGAGGUGGUCUCUCACAGCCACCAAACUCUGGCGAUGCGUGAUACCGUGCGAUGAGAUCUUGAACCGAUUUGCAUCCUAUUUCACACUUACAAAAAGCCAUGAAUAGCACAAGCUCCAGAUUCCUGCUUUCAGUAAACUAUCCCCAACCUGUGGAGAGAAUCGUUUAUCAGCAUCGUGUUACAAUCAUCUCUCUCUUUCUCCAUGCUUUUAAAUAUAGCCUUUCAACCUACACAAAGCAGAUCCAAUAACUCAAAAUAAAUGCAGCUUUGAGCCAUUGAUGAUAUGACAAAUGCAAAACAACCGGUUUUAUC